CGCCGUCUGCUCGCUCCUUCCUGGCUGUCCAUACCUGUCCUCCUGCACACCCCAGCCCUCUCCCCCUAGUCCCUACCCCCUCCUCGCUUUCUCGAUCCCUGCUUUCCUCCCUUCCAGACAAUGCAGUGGCUACACUUGACCCCCUCGUCCUUGGAGCUCCAGGCCAUGCUCGAUGACUGCUUUGCAGACCACCUCAUGGAUCAGUCACCUAGCUGCUCAGACGCCUUCUUUUGCCUCCCGCUCCCCGAGGUCGACUCGUCGGCCUCCCUCCCGGACUCGCCCUUGGACCCCGUCGUGCCGGAAGAUCUCUUGGUGCUCUUCGAGGAGAGCCAGGACGCGUGGCUCGAGCCAGCGUCGCUGAUGGCUUGCCAGCGUAGCGUCGCGAUGCCAGAGGAGACUCUCCAGCACCCCCACGACAGCUUCAGCCUCUGCUCUCCCGAGCAAGGCAAGCCUCGGCCUCAUCGCCGCGCUUCGGCUCCCGCCCGCCCGCCGGUGGUGCGGGUGCAGUCGCGACAGUCCUUCUUCCAGUCCGACAAGCCCGUCGAGAUCACCCUCGAGCUCCUCGCCGACCACUUCCACGAGAGCCUCGAGGUCGCCGCGGCCAAGAUCGGCAUCGGCAAGUCGACGAUGAAGCUUGUGUGCAGGCAGCUGGGAGUAGACAAGUGGCCGUACAAGUUUGGUCGGGCCAAGGGAAAGAAGGCUGGGCGGAGAAUGGAGGGACGCGUGCAGCUGCAAGCCAGCCAGGCAGAGUCGUCAACGGACACGGAGGGGAGCGGAGUAGACAUGUACUUGUAACUUAGAGGCCCUUUGCUGCUUGAGAAGAUUGAAUGAAGCAUGUUUUGAGCUG